ACCCUCAGCCUACUCGGUGAAUCGCGCGUCGCCACCAACAUACGCGGAUUCUUUGCCAAUCGAAUCGGCAGCGCACUUCCUGACACAGGUUAACCCGAUGGCACUGCGCUACCCCGCACCCUAAGAAACGUUUUGUCCGGGCGAGAGAGAGAGAAAGACACGUCCUUAACCAUGACGACGAUUCCGAUAAUCAACAUGGAGUACAGAGAGCUGAAGGAGGUUGUGUGGAACAAGGUGCAGGAGCCGAAGACGCAGCGCAAGCUGAUCUUGGUGAUCGUAUCGAUAGCGUUGCUCCUGGACAACAUGCUGUACAUGGUGAUAGUACCGAUCAUACCCGAUUACUUAAGAUAUAUCGGCGCAUACAAAGAUGAACCUCUUCCGGGAAACGUAACGGUUCCGCCCGGGAUGCCGGUGAAGCACGACCAUCACGGCCAGGACUCGGCUACCGGCAUCCUCUUCGCUUCCAAAGCCAUCGUCCAACUGAUGGUGAACCCCUUCUCGGGGGCGCUGAUAGACCGCAUUGGCUACGACAUGCCGAUGAUGAUAGGUCUGACCAUCAUGUUCCUAUCGACGGCAGUGUUCGCCUGUGGCCGCAGCUACGGCCUCCUGUUCUUCGCCCGCAGCCUUCAAGGCGUAGGCUCGGCAUUUGCAGACACUGCAGGUCUAGCGAUGAUAGCGGAUCGUUUCACGGAAGAAAACGAACGAUCGAAGGCCUUGGGCAUAGCCCUGGCCUUCAUCAGUUUCGGAUGUCUGGUCGCUCCACCCUUCGGCGGCGCCCUCUACCAAUUCGCCGGCAAGGAGGUGCCGUUCCUGAUCCUGGCCUUCGUCUCCCUGGCCGACGGUUUCAUGCUGCUGCUCGUCAUGAAACCUUUGAAGACGCAGAUCAAAGAAUCCCAAAUGGCCAAACCACCUUCCGUUCCGAUCUGGCGCCUAUUCAUGGACCCCUACAUCGCAGUAUGUGCAGGAGCUUUGAUGAUGUCGAACGUGGCACUCGCAUUCUUAGAGCCAACCAUCUCUCUUUGGAUGGAAGACAAUCUGACAACAGAGAAUUGGAAGAUCGGAAUGAUCUGGCUACCCGCGUUCUUCCCUCACGUAUUCGGCGUCAUCCUCACCGUAAAAAUGGCCAAAAAGUAUCCACAAUACCAAUGGCUCAUGGCCGCCGGAGGCUUGGCCCUCGAAGGUCUCUGCUGCUUCAUAAUACCGUUCGCAACCUCCUACAAGUUGCUCAUGAUCCCUAUAUGCGGCAUUUGCUUCGGAAUUGCCUUAAUCGAUACGGCACUUCUUCCGAUGCUCGGCUACUUAGUAGAUGUUCGUUACGUGUCCAUCUACGGAAGCAUCUACGCCAUCGCCGACAUCUCAUAUUCAGUGGCUUACGCAAUUGGCCCCAUUAUAGCAGGCGGGGUCGUCGAGGCAAUAGGCUUCACGGCACUAAACGUAGGCAUAGCAUUUUCUAACUUACUCUACGCACCUGUAUUGGUGUACCUAAGACACAUUUACGAUUUCAAACCUUUCGAGAACGAAGCCAACGUUCUCAUGUCAGAUCCACCAAACAAAGAGUAUCAAACCUACAGCAUGCAAGAUCAGAAACCGGUCACCGAGGAGAUACAAAACCACCUUGAAUAUAAACAGCAGGAAACCAAUAUUGAUUCGAACAACUAUCAACAAGAUUACAAUUAUCAAGGUUAUCAGCAGCAGCAACCUCAGCAACAAGGUUAUCAAUAUCAAGAAAAUAACUAUCAAACCAAUAGAUCAACCGGUAGAUCUCUACCGGAUCAGCCGGAUUCCAAUCCGAAUCCCUUCAGGCAACCUCAAGAACAGCCACAACCGAGCAUGGCUGGUCGCAACCCUUUCAGACAGGGCUUUUAAAUUAUUAUAUGUGUGUAUAUUGUAAAUUCGUGUUAGUGCCCUUUCAAAUAGUUAUUUUCCAAGAUUGUGUAUAUAUAUCACACCACUUGUUCCUGUGGCACUGUACAUAUCGCCUAAGAUUACUAAAGAAAAGAAUAUCUAUAUUUAAUCUAGACUUAAAUAUCAAUUUCAGUUACAAAUUUUAUUAUUAAUUUCAAACAUUAUCUAUAUAUUAAGUAUAUCAACUAAGAUCGUAUACAUAUCAGAAUCGAAUGAUUCGCUUGUUACAACGUGAUAGGUCGUCCACGGCCAAGUAGGUAUAUUCUAGUUAAUAAUUUACUAUUUAAGAUACACCAUAUCUAGUAUGUAGUUUGCAUCGGCCCUUUGUCCUUUGAUCUAUAGUUAAGAAAGUAAUUAGAUAUAUACUUAAGUUGGAUUUUAUUCAGAUACAUCUCUCGACUCGAUAGCGUCAAUUUAACUAGUUGUACAAAUUCAAUGUAAUAACAUAUUAAAAAAAAAUAUAUAACACGACAUAUACGUGGAAAAAAAUGAACAAAAAAUAUAUAUUAAAAAAAAAUAAUUAAGUUGCUGUUAGUAUACAUACGUUUGGAAAGAAACCAGAAGUAUUGCUCACGCUGUGUAUAGGAUUUGAAAAUCGAUGAAAAUAGUAUCCCCCAAAAUUCCAUUAAACUCUAUAUAACAAAUCAAUAUAAAUAACUUGAGAGAAUUUAAAAUAAAAUCCAAAAUAAUUAAAAUCGCUUAGGUGUUUGCACAAAUUGAAGGUAAUCUUAAUGUAUCCUAUAACCUUAAAAUAUAUAAUUAACAAAAAAAAAACUAUAAUCUGAAAAGCAAUAAAACUUUAAAUGUAAUUAAUACUUCAUGUUCUAAUACUAAUUUCUUCGUUUUAAGACCAAAAAAAAAAGAAGAUAUUAUUAACAUCGAAACUAAGAUCCAAAGGGAAUUCAAAAUUAAUUAUUGUGCCCUAACUGACACGGUGCCUGUCUAUAUAAUAUUAAUGUUUAGCUGUAACCUAAAGUAAGUAGCCUAAGUAAGCAUAUCAAAGAAACAAAAUUGUAACAGAUACAUAUCUUAUCAGGGCACAAAACAAUUAAAGUGCAUUUGCUGUGUAAACAUUCUUCCUUUCAUUUCAAACCAAACCAAAAAAAA